CUGGGAGGGGGCCGGGGGCCGCUGCCCCUCCCCGGCCUCCCACAUUCCCUCCCCAAACCAGCCCUAAUGAGAACAAGCUGGGCCCGGGCAGCACAGGAAGGGGAGGAGGAGGAGGAGAAGGAGGCGGCUCCAUCCCGGAGGCAGCCGGAGGGGUGCGAGGUGAGCGGGACAGACCCCGUCCUCUCGGCUCCCUCCCUCCUGCCCGCGCCGUGCCUGCGGACGAGGACGCUGCAUGAGCACCAGGGCCAUGGCGAUGGGUGCGUGGCUGAUGCUGCUGCUGGUGGUGGUGGUGGUGGCGGCCCCGGCCCGCUCGGCAGCACCCCGGCACGUUGCGGUGCUGCCCGACGCCGGGGGCAGCGGGGAUGGUGAGGAGGUCUCUGCUGCGCCACCCAUCCUCUACGUGACACUGGGGACCGGCCCGACCGCGGGGGACGUGGUGGGGACCACGGUGACCAACAGCUCGGCGCCGCGCGGCGUGCUGGACAGGCUGGUGGCCUUCUUCAAGGAGUACCUGCUGCUGGUGGUGGUGGUGGGCUCGCUGGCCUUCGUCCUCCUCUUCAUCAUCUGCGCCGCCGUCAUCGUCCGGCAGAAGCACAAGGCGUCCGCGUACUACCCCUCGUCCUUCCCUAAGAAGAAGUACGUGGAUGAGCGGGACAAGGUGGGGGGACCCCGUGCCUUCAAUGAGGUGCCUGAUAAAGACCCCGGUGCUGAGGAGCAGCUCGACUGUGGGCAGCAGCUGCAGGCAGACAUCCUCGCUGCGGCCCAGAGCCUCAAAUCCCCCCCCAAGGCACCGCUGGCCAACGGGGGCCAGGGGGAGAAGAGCCCAGCCCAUAAGGAGGAAGAGGAAGGAGGCAAGAAGAUGAGGGAUGAGCAGCCCCCUGCCCAAACCCCAUGUGCUGAGGAUGGAGCCCCCGAUGCACCCCGGGAUGGUCCCACAGCCCCUGCUGGCAACUAGGGCAGGGACCCGGUCCUGGGUGAU